AUGGAGACCGCAAACUCGCCAGUAGAAGAUGGAGGCUACGACGAACUAGCAGCUCUGAUGGUCAGAGACAAGGGCCUGUCAACCUUUCGUUCAUACAUGAAGCUCAAUACGCAGAACCUGCUCAUCCUCCAGGCUGAGAUCACACUUACAGAGAAGGAGCUCAGAAAAAUUAUGCAGGAGGACCAAGGCUCGGGCGAAUUCCACCGUGAGAAGUACCGAGCCUGCGUGUCGUACAUGAAGGAAGGCAUUGAGUCGUCGGCCCAGUGGGCAAAGUGGCUGGAGCUGAGGAAGCUACUAGAGAAAUACAACACCGCAUUGGCGCAGCACAGCCAACUACUUCAGUAUCGGAAGCCCCAUAAGAAUGACCUGCAGUUGCUUAAGCAAUGGCUGGCAAAUUAUACCCAGUUCUACGGCACUGCCGAAUAUGACCAAUGGUUCGGCACAGAAGAGCACGAACUGGACCUCAUCACGCUCUCUGCGAGAUACCAGAACGUCGAUCCACUGACGAGAUGGGUAUUCGGUGUUUGUAUCCCGUUCUGGCAUGAGCACGUAUCCAUGCGAUAUUACAAGAUCUUUAAGCCUGCCAGGCCCAAGGUAGAUAUCGAGACAGGGACAGUUUAUUACAGAGACGAGAGCAUCAUUCGCGCAACAAGAAUAACAAGCACCUUGAUAUCCUCUGCCAUCCCGGCCAGUUCCAUAAUAGUACUAUACUUUGUUCACAAUAUGGCUACCCGGUUGGCCAUCAUCAUUAUAUACAAUAUUUUGUUUUCAAUCUUCAUCGGCCUGUUGGCGAGGGCUAGGCGGGUUGAAGUGUUUGCGGCUUCUACAGCCUUUGCUGCCGUUCAGGUUGCGUUCAUCACCAACUUCCCUCAGACAUAA